ACACACAUUCAUGCAUACACACACAAAAACACGCACGCACACACACACACACACACACAAACACACACACACACACACACACACACACACACAUUAGAAGUCAGCCGGCUGCCUCUUAGUCUCACUACCAGCCUCACAGAGGAGGGAUCCUGGUGACAUUAUCCAUCACUUCUGGAUUUUUGCCUGCCUGCACUCGCUUCUCUCCAGGUCUCUUCCUGCUCGGAACGCUUUUUGAGUGCAUGUUCAUUCCCUGUUAGCGGUCCACAGACAAGGCUGCCACUUCCAGGUCUGACACUGCUCUCUUGGACUCUCUUGCUUUUGUUUGCUAAGGCAGUCGUCACUGUCAACGUGAAGGAGUUACAAGCUGUUAUCACAGCUGCCUGGAAUAUCGGCAUUAUUUUUCCCUCCCUUUUUCCUUUGCAAAGAGAGGAAGUGGAUCCCUGGAUUUACUGGUGGCAGUGUGCCAGUGCAGAAUGCUUACCUCAGGAUUUGCAGUCUAGGGGCAGUGGGAUGCAGGGGGGGGCUAUGAUAAACAGCUGCGAGGCGAGGAUGGUUAGCACUGCAGCAUCAGACUGGGUUUUCUUGUUCUACGCUGGGGUUUUUAUUUGCUUCUCGAGGUUACACACAUUUAUCACAACCUAAAGCAGAAGCAGUGGAGUCUGGUUGCAUUUUUAAUACACCAAUGGAUUACUGUUACUUUAAGGACGGGCUCCCUGCCCACUAAGGGAAGAAAGAGGCUGAUUUAGAGAUAACAGGAGCACCGGAUGAGCAACUUCAGUAUUGGAAAAUAUACUUUAUGGACAGGACAAUGGCUAUGUUUAGCUGAAACCGCCCCCUUCUACUCCCUCCCCCCUCCAGUCCAAACAUGAACUCUUCUUCUGAAGCGAACCAAAGUGGUUCUCCCCCGUUCUGCCUGCUGGGCUCCGUGGGUUACUCCCGCAGCCUGGAUACCUGUGUGCUGGAGGUGGCCAUCAUCCUUUUCCUCACUGUGCUCAUCAUUGCUGGCAACCUGGUGGUGAUCUUCGUCUUCCACUGUGCCCCAUUGCUGCACCACCACACCACCAGCCACUUCAUCCAGACCAUGGCUUACGCCGACCUGCUGGUGGGCGUCAGCUGCCUGGUGCCCUCGCUGUCCCUCCUCCACUACCUCCGAGGCCUGAAUGAGGAGCUCACCUGCAAGGCGUUUGGCUACAUGGUUUCUGUGCUGAAGAGCGUCUCCAUGGCUUCGCUGGCGUGCAUCAGCGUGGACCGCUACAUCGCCAUCACCCGCCCACUGUCAUACGCAACGCUGGUGACGCCAUGCCGACUGAGAGUGUGCAUCGUCCUAAUCUGGGUUUACUCCGCUUUGAUCUUCUUGCCAUCUUUCUUUGGCUGGGGAAAGCCAGGAUACCAUGGAGACAUAUUUCAGUGGUGCGCAGACUCCUGGAAGACCAACCCAGGGUUCAGCACCUUCAUCGCGUUGCUGCUCUACGCACCAGCAGCGCUCACCGUCUGCUUCACCUACGGGAGUAUAUUCCGGAUCUGCAGGCAGCACACAAGAGAGAUCACCCAACGCCAUGCCCGCUUCAGUACGCAGGCGGAGGGCGAUAAAGGCGAGCGGGGGGAGCGUUGUGAAGGGUGCCCGGACAAACGCUACGCCAUGGUGCUGUUCCGCAUCACCAGCGUCUUCUACGUGCUGUGGAUGCCGUACAUCCUCUACUUCCUCUUGGAAAGUGCUGGGCUGUAUCACCAUAAGGUGGCGUCCUUCCUUACAACAUGGUUGGCAAUAAGCAACAGCUUCUGUAACUGUCUCAUCUAUAGCCUCUCAAACAGCGUCUUCCGGAAAGGUCUGGGCCGCCUCUUUAGCCCGUUGUUCCCCUCCUCCUGUCUCGGCUGCAUGGAGGCCAAAAAGGCUCCAGUUCCUGUUGGCCCGCGGGCAGACCCCUGAUGCCAAGUAUGAUUCCUGACAUCUAAGGUUUUGGUUUGUUCACUUUGGGGGCAUCCACCCUCUGUGUGUGUGCUCUGCUCAGCUGCGUAGCAUGACACAGGUGAAAUGCAGUGAAAUGUGCUGAGGACCCCCUGCAUGGAGCACGGAGAGGUGCCUGUGCAGAGGCCUGUUGGUUGUCUCCAAGGCUGAUAUUGUGGAGGCUGUGAAGCUUUCAUGAAUGCUCUUCAUUGUGAUGCUGCCCUUUCAAGGCUGCAAAGAUCACAACCUGACAACACGGAGUAAAGCCAUUUGAUGUCGAUGGAGGAAGUGGACAGUAGGAAUAAGAUUCAUGUAUUUCACUUCAGAUGAUUUAAUAAGCACCCCUGCCUGCACUAACAUCUCCCAGAUGCAAAAAAUAGGAAACCACAGCCCUACUUGUGUUGUGUGAUCCGCUGAAAUGCAAAAAAAACCUCUACGAACCUGACUAAAGAAUACAUUUGUCUUGGUUCUUUCAGGGUUGAUUAGGCAAUGCAAAAAAUGUUUAAGACACUGAUCUGUUUUCCUUAAGGAACACCAGAUGCUAAUGAGUUAAUGUGUAUGAAAAAUCUUUCAUCUGAUAAUCAGUGUGUGUGUUUAAAAAUGUGAAUCGGAUGGACUUUAAGCGUAUUUCUCAGUGAGAACACAAAAGAUUUAUUUCAAAUGUUUUAUCAAAAGGUCUUCUCUCUUUGAAGCUGGUUGUUUGUGGGAAGCUUCAAGUAUGUUUACACAGUCUAGGAUUUCACAUGAGAUUCUUGAUUUAAGAAUUAGCUUUGCUUUCUUAAGGUGGCUGCUGACCGGGCGGCAGACAGAGCGUAACCUCUUCAGCAUGACAAUACAUUUUAUUUAAUAGGAGAGAUUUAUUCUCUGUUUGUGUUUCCUCCUCAGGUUUAUCGACCGUACUUUGUUAAGCCUCCGGGCUGUUUGCCAUUGAUCUCUGCUGAAUCAGAACAUGACUUUUAAACCACAAGCCACGUAGAGUCUUUAGAUAAUCACCUCCUGACGCCUCCACUGUUGAUGAUCAAUCAAGUAUCUGCGGGGAUCCACAUGGCCUCCAUGCAAAGAUUGACUCCAUUGUUAUCUGUAAAGUUUAUUAUCUGCCCUCCAGCACUGUAUGGCUGCUCAGAUGAGGAAACACAAGUGAAAUCAGAAGCUCAACCACAGAGGGCAAGAAGGAUCAGAACACUUUUUUUAAAAGCCAGUGACCACUUGUGGCUUGGUGUAAAUAUACUUUGUAGUUUAAAUAUUUAAACAGUGGUUAAUGGUAAAGAAGACCCCCGGGGUUACACAUGUGUUUUUUUUUUAAGAUAAUUUAUUUGUCAGAGCCAAGAGGUUUGACAUUCAACCUAGAGACUGAACCUGUUUUUUUUUACAAUGUUAAGAAGUGUUUUUUACAUACUGCAGGAAAAUGUUUUAUAGAUUUAAAGUCACAUUGAAAUGUUUUUCUCUGAUAGCGUCUUGCUCUUGAUUUUGAACAAAUUUGUGGCAGAAAACGAAUAGUAAAGAGAAUGUUUGGGAGAAUUGUUCUGGAAAACACUAUAUGGCUAAAUGGACGGCCCAAACCGCAUAGUGUAUUUAUCUUAGGCUGUUUUUAAGGUUUGGGGUCCCAAGAUCCACUAAAGGGGGACCUUUUAAUGCAGCAAAAUACUUUUUUCUAAAGGCAACUUACAACAGUCAAUCAGAAUCUGUUCUCGACUAUCAUUACAAAUAGUAUGCUGUAGAAAUUGACACUUUCCAUUAAAACAGCAUGAAUUAGUAAACUGUAAAACUGAACUCAACACCAACCACAGUUUACAACACUGCUGUUGAAAUGUACUGUGUACACUAUUUAUUCAUUGGUUUAUUAACAGGGAAAGUUCACAUUGCUAAGCAAGAAACUGCUGAGAGGUUAAAGAGCCUGCUGAUUCCAUUUACUGCAAGAAAGCUAUAUCCAGUUGGGUUUAGUCUAUAGCUUGAGCCAAAAUCUUGAUAAUAAGCAAAAUUCAAGCAUGAAGAAUACGUUACAAGUGCUAAACUAGUCUUGCUCGAAUUUUAGAUUGAGUUGGAUUUAACAUAAUUUAUUGCGGAAAUUCUACUUGUAAAACACACAUUUUUAAAUAUUAACUUAUUUUUGGGAUUUCAGGGUAAAACAAUAUGUUUCUGUGUAUUUGUUCCUCGCAUUGCCGGAAGUUGUCCAAAAACUGAUAACAGAUUUAUAAAACAAGUUUACUAUGUUUUGUCUGAGCCAAUGAAUUUGUUGGUAAUGGUAAAUGAAGGCAGCUGAUCUCAUUUGUCUGUGACACAGUUUUCCAGUCAGCUUGAUCCUGUUAAAUAGAGCUGCAACUAACCAUUAUUUUCUUGAUGGAUUUAUCUGCAGAUUUUUUUCUUCAGUAAUAGAUUCAUCAAAUGUUUGAAAAAAGUGAACAAUGUCCAUCACAGGUUGUCAGAGUUCAAGAUGAUUUGUGUUGAUGACUUUUGUUGUCAGUCCAAAACCCAAAGUAUUCACUUGAAAUUGAUAUGAACAGCUGAAAACAGCAUUUUCUGCUAUUUCUGCAUGGAAAAUGAUUCAACUAAAUGCUGCAGCUCCACUUAGACCUUGCAGCUUUUCUUAAGGGUGUCCAAAAACGCUUUAAAGUUGACCUAAAUGUUCGAGGAAGUAUUUUUAUAAUGAAAUUUGGAAACAUUUGAAAUAUUUAAUUUGGUGUUUAUUAUAACAUGGGCAAAGAUUUGGAAAAAAUUGAAAAAGUCAAAAUUAAAAGCAAGUUACAGUUAGAAGCUGAUAUUACUUUUGUACUUGUUUUAUACCAUAGUGACCUUACAAGCAGCUUUUGUAAGGUGAUUAGGAUUUUAAAAUAAAGCUACGGCUUGAGGGCAGGGGUUAGAGUAGGGUCACAGUCAGAGUUUAACGGUAGGACUUUUUCCAGUGCAAAGGUCACACCAGCUGCUGCCAGGGGGAUCUUACCUCCCGCUGACCCCGCUGUGCUGAUGUUCUAUUCAUAUAGCAUUUUUCUAUGUAAUGGUAUGUAUUCAGCAUCUGCUAUGAAAAUGUAAUUUCCUCUGAAGUGUUUGAUCCCUGCUUGAUUGGUUGUGAAAGAUGUUCCACUGAUAGACUUUUCCUGCAUGAUUCUGGUUCUGAGGGCAACUGUACUCUAUGUCAUUGAAUCCUAACUACUGUUGUGUACCACAGAUGGCUUAUCUUAUUAGGGCAAAGAGUUCCUGUUCAUGUUAGAAAACCCACUAGCCUUCCUGUACUCUUCACCUGUCACUGCUGUCAGGACAAAAAUGACACAAAUAUGCAAACAGUGAAAACACAAAAACCAAGAGCUUAACUUUCAAGGUCUCGUUUAAUUGAAGCUGGGCAAAGUAAACACCUACAAUCUUUGCAUUAUCUUUAUGACAGCAGUGGGAGUCAGUGCAAUACAGCUUACUGGUGUUAACACAAAUCACAAUAAAUAAUUAUAGUAAAAAGCAAAGUCUUA